UUUACUGCUGCUAUCUUGUGAAAAAGUCAUUCUUAAUUAGACUAAAACUUAAGCUAUAACAUUAGAAAGAGUGAAGGAAAAGUGACAGUAAUUUGAGGUAAUAAUCGUUGAUAGCUGUUUAGGAGCCUGACUACCUUAAAUCAUGGCAGAUGUGGUUUUCAUUGUCGCUCUUAUCUCCUGUGAAUUCGCCUGCCUGCUUAUUGACAGAGGCAGCUAGAUACACUCUCACUUCAUUAUGGAGAGCAGUGACAUCAGCAGGUCGGUGGGUUUCCAGGAUACCAUCCAAUUAAAAUACAAGAAGAAGAAACAACAGGCUCCAGGUCAGCUCAGAGAUAAUUGUUUUCUGCCGCUUAGUCUGCUGACACACAGAGAAACAGACGGACAAGCAACUUCACACACAGGGAGGCGGAACAUGGAAUCCGAAGAAGUGUGGAACAAAGACCUGAGUACACACAAAAAGGUGAUCUGCAAGCAGAAUGGCAGGAUCGGUAUAGUGAGAACCCUUCAGAGCCUGUUGAAAACCCAGAACACACUGCAGAUUCAGUCCAUCGCCCGUUUAGAAUGUGCUGGUUCAUGUCCAAAUCUGAUGAUGAGUAGGAGCGAGCAUGCCGAUGCGAGGCCCGUCCCUGUGGCCCUCACCCCCCAGCUGCCCCCCAGAGUUCACCGGCCGCUCUGUGUGUCGGUGUCCUCCGACAGCAGCGGACGCUUCAGAGCUCUGGAGACGCAGGAGUGGAAGAACAACCUGAAAGCUCAGAUGGAGCAGGCUCACAGUGCAGGAGCUGCCAGCAGCACAGGCUCUCUGGAGCGAGCGUCUUUGUUCUGUGCCUCUGCGUCCACUGCGGUGUCCGGCUCUGGCCUGUCCAGCCCGGUGGAGAUCCUCAACAAGAGCAAAUCCUCCAGCCGCUUCUCUCUCUUCUCUCCACCCUGGAACAGCAGCUCUGAGUCCGAUUCCAACCCUCCGUCCCGCUCAGGCUCCAAGAAGCUGCGCAACUACAGCAGGAGAGCAGCCACGGGGCCGGCAGGAGGCAGGGGCCCUGAUACUCCUGAGCCCAAAUCCAGUGGCCCCGAACACUUCCAGUACUCUGAGCCUGUCAUCUCCAAGGUGACGGACUACAUCUUUGUUGGCAACCUGAAUGCGGCGUACAAUGGGCGCACUCUGUGCCGCAACAACAUUGACAGCAUCAUCGACAUGAGCAGCGUGCCGGGAGAGCCAGGCCCCAGCCUCAGCCUCAUACCCUGCACCUGCUCCCGUGGCACCCGCCACAGUUGGUCUCGCCUCAAGGUGGACAUCGGGGACGUGCCGGCCGCCCUGGGCGACGGCCCGGCCCUGAGGCAGCGCUGCUUUGAAGACAUCAACGAGUGCAUCGACGCCUCCACUGAGAAGAGGAAGCGUGUCCUGGUCCACUGUCGAGAUGGCUUCUCCCUGGCCCCGACGUGUAUCAUCCAGUACCUGAUGGUGAAGCAGAACAUGAGGCUGAUUGCCGCCUACGAGUUGCUGAGGGCUAAGUACCCGGUCAACAUCAGGGAGUGCCACCAGAAUGUGCUGGUGAGCCUGGAGAGAGCAUUGCGGCCCUGUGGCAAUGUCAACCCUGAAUGCUUCAAACAGGCCAUCUCACGCAGAGUAGCGUGGACCUGACUCGGUUUCCCAACAUGCUCUUCUGCUGCUCAAGGCUCUCUUUGUCCCUCCAUCCUCUCUAGGGCAGCUGUACUUUCCCCUGUAGACUGGUCAACUGGAGAUCAUCAUCCCUGCUUGAGUUCAGUGGUUGUGAAAGUCAUGAAUUUGAUGUAUUUCCUCUUCACACCUGUAAAUGUGACCUGGCCGUGAUGCCCCCCUCCCCCCUCACUGAACAGGAGACACAAUAGACUUUGCUCUGUUAUACAGCUUCUUGGUAUAAAGAUGUAAUAGUGCUGGCUGUGUGGUUGAUCUGGUCCUGCUUCACUUCUGUGCCAUGCUGUCGUGGUGGUGUUUUCUAUCAGGGGAGUUUCUCAGGAGAUUAUUGAUGUCAUUCCAGUACCGGGUGGGAAAUGACUCGGUCGAGUCUGCAUCCCAGUUCACUGCUGGCACUAAAUGCAUCUUGGGGAUCAGUGUAAUAGCACAAAGGGUUAUGGUUGACAUGAAAUUAAGAUCUGCACGUGUCUGACGCAGGAUGUUUAAAAAACUGGACUUUUCUUCAAACACACUU